UAUUUUUCGAAAAUUUCGCGUAAUGUGUAGCAUAAUGGAUUCAGUAUUAGAUACACUUGGUAUUGAUAAAGUAAAUAUAGAUAGAAAAGUAAUAUUGAUUGAAGAACAGCAUUAUAGUAAUGCAAACUUUCUAUUAAGUGCAAUUAUCUCACAUGCAUUAAAGAAAGAUUAUGGAAUUUGUUUUGUACUUUUCCAUAGCACUUUCAACCAUUAUCAUAAUGUGGGUAUGAAAUUUGGUUACAAUCUUUCAUUGUUAAAAGAGAAAGAUAAGGUUACAUUUAUAGAACCAAUCAAAAUCAAUGCACCUGACAUGGAUAAUAUAUAUAAAGAGACAAUAAACAAAGUAAUUGACAAUUUGUUUAUUACUAUUAAAAAUAAAUACAAUAAAAUGAAGACAGACAAUAAGCCUGUGAUUAUUAUAAUUGAUGAUUUAAGCCAUCUUUAUAAUUUUGGAUUUAAUUUGAAGCAAUGUAUGUAUUAUAUAAGAUGUUUAAGAUCACUCAUUGAACAUGAUGAUACUUCUGAGCUUUGCAUUAUGACACAUGCUUAUAAGCAUGAAGGUUCUGAUACAUUUAUAGAUAUUCUCAAAUAUAUGGCUCAUUUAUUUGUUAUGGUUGAACCUUUGAAAACAGGACAUUCCAAUGAUGCAACUGGAAUAAUGACAGUUAAUUGGAGGGUUGAUUCCAUUAGAAGGAAACGUAAUUGGCCAGAGGUAGCAAAAUACAUAUAUAAAUUAUCAAAUCGUCAAGUGCAGAUUUUUGCAUCUGGUAUAUGAAGUGUGUAAAAUAGGUUUUUAAGAAGUGUGUUUACAAUAUUUUACCAUACAUGUCUUCACACAAAAAUAAAAAUAAAAUAUUCUGCAAAUUUUUCA